GAGCGUACCUCAUUUUCUGAUUUCAUUGAAUCAUUUUAGAGAAAAGGGAAAUUAAAGAUAGUUAAUGCCCCCACGUGGCACCGGACGCGGUCGAGGUCGCAGCGGCGCCGUCACGUCCCAUCCCAAAGGCGCACACACGAAGAACAAGCCGAUCAAGCCGCGGACAUUUGAAGAGUACUACAGCGAAAUCUACGGCGAGCGGUGGCCCACACUCCGUGCGGCAAUGACGGUCGUCCCCCGCAAAGUUGCGCUGUGGAACCGCUUCUCACAGGUGCCCUUCGAGGAGGCAACGCGCGGCCUCGUGCGUGUUGAUGCGCGGUCACUCACUCAGGCAUUCCAACCAGCAUCCGUGGCUGGGAAGGAGCAUUCUCAAGAGACCACGAUCAGCAGCGAGAGCAAAGAGGACGGACCGGAGGACAGCAUCAUCGACAAGCCUCCGAUCGACGCCUUUGGCAUAAAGGCCUAUUACUUGAUGGAUUACGCCUCCGCCUACGUGGUGGAGCAGCUGCAGGUGGGCUCCUUUGACAAGGUGCUCGACAUGUGUGCUGCCCCCGGAGGCAAGUCCAUCGCCAUUGCGCAGUUCCUCUCACCGGAUGGCUCGCUGUCGUGCAACGAGACCCGCGCGGACCGGUGUGCACGUCUGCGCCGCAACCUCCAGGAGCACAUCCCUGUCAAUUACGUGCCCUGGCAGGCGACGCAGCGGGAUGCGCAAACGUGGUACGACCCCGCAGCCUACACGCGUGUCUUGGUCGAUGCGCCGUGCUCGUCGGAGCGCCAUCUUUUACAGCAAUCUCGCGGCGCUCCGCUGUCGCUUGGCGAGUGGUGCGAAGAGACGACGAUGGAGCUGGCGGCGCUGCAGCGUGUGCUUCUCCUACGCGCCGUGGAGACGUGCGCUGUGGGUGGCCGCGUGGUGUACAGCACGUGCUCCAUCUCGCCUCUUGAGAACGGCGGCGUGAUUUCGGAGGUGCUGCGCCGCACUCGUUGUCAGGUAAGAGUUGUCAAGACGUCGUCGUGUACUUCGUCUGCUGCCGCUGCCGGCGCUACCUCGGCUGCGGAAGGACCUUCGCCGCCGCCUGUGCUUGGUGAAGCGACGGCGUACGGCCGCUUGCUGCUGCCGGAUACAACGGAUGGGUGGGGACCGAUGUUUUACUGCGUGCUGGAGAAGAUCGGCGAGCACAAGCGGAUGGGCUCCUCGUCUUCAGAGGACGAGAGUGACGGUGAUGAGACUAGCACUGGCGGCGAGCGUGCGUAA